CAUGAGCGUCAUGUGAUAAUGCAAGUGGUCUGUGAAGCUUCACAGUGCCCCGAAACAGCAGUGAAAGUGGUGGCCAUGCAGUGUUUGGUCAGGAUUAUGUCACUGUACUAUCAGCUAAUGGAACAAUACAUGAGUGCGCUUUUUCCGGUUGAUCUUGGAUGUAAAAAUGAGAAAGGUGUACAAGAUAGAAAACAGAAGAAAAUGGAAGGAAGAACGAGUGAGAUAAGACGUUUCGGUCCAUUAAGGUAA